UGUCAAAAUAUUGUCAAAGCAGCUGACGUGAGAUACUAAACAGCUUUAAUGAGUUCUUUAAUUGUGGCGAAUCUAAUUAAUUUACCAUCACAUGAUAAAAUGUACAUAUCUGCAGCUUUCUGCAAAGUUACGUUGUUAAGUGGAGCCAAUUAGAUGAAGUGUCGUGGUAAAAUUAAUUAACAAGCAUGAAUCUACAUCAAAUUGUCAGUGGAGCCUGCAAUGCAGGUGAUAAGUGCUUUGCAGUGGGAAGUGUUGAAGGUGUCCCUUUUACUGCUUAUGCAGCUGGUAGUAAUAUCGUAAUACUUGCUUCAACUUUUGAAAGAGUCCAAAUAAUCCCUGGAGCAGUUCAUGAUUAUAUUCAUAUAAGUUCUGUUGAUUGUUCAAGUGACACAGGAAAAAUAGCAGCUGCUUAUAAUGAUACAGUUUGUAUAUAUGAACCUACACCUUUAAUUCAUACAAAUUCAUCCCAUGGCUUGGAUUAUCGCUGGGUACAAACUGGAAGUCUUAAGACAGAUUCUCCAGUGAGAGCUUUAAGUUGGAAUUUAGAAGGAACUAGGCUUUUAACUGCUGGUUCUACAGUGCAGUUAUGGCACUUAAGACCUCAACAGAUUGAAAUAGAACAGCAACAUGCCACUGUAUCCUUUACUAUAGGGGGUGGAGAGACCACAGGAGAUGCUGACAGUGAUGAUAUUCGAAGUGACCUAGACAGAAGAAGUGAAAAUGAACAAGAGCAGACUGUUUGGAUCUGUGUAUGGAAAGCAGUUACAGCUAUACCAGUUCAGCACCUAGCAUUUAGUCCUGAUGGUACCUUAUUUGCUACUUCAGGAGAAAAUGACCGUCUUGUUAAGAUUUGGUAUGAAAACAAACACUUUCUGUUUACAUCAAGAAAUACUGAAGUGCCUACUGAAAUGGAGUAUAGUUUUGUGUACAUUGCUCAUCCACGAGCUGUUACACAUUUAUCAUGGAGAACUACAAGCAAAUAUAUGCCAAAGGGUUCAGUGUCUAAUAUGCUGGUAACUUCAUGUAAAGAUAAUAUAUGCAGACUGUGGGUUGAAACGGUCUUGCCAGAGGAUGGAUUAGUCAAUUUGUCCCAACUUGAUCCCCAAGCCAAUCACCCAAAAUUUAGGACGCAUCGUCAUAAGCAUCGAUUCAUGCAGCGAUUAAAACACAUGAAGACCUGUUUUCAUAUAAGGAGACAUGCAAAACAGCAAAACUUGGGGGUAGGACCAUCUCCCCCCAUCCCAACGCUCCCUUCCACCUAUAGCGUUCACGAUUUUCAUUCCUAUGGAUACAGAGGAACAGAGUCGUGUUUUUGCUGUUUUGAAGGUGUAACCCCUGGUCUACAUUUCCACUUGGCAGCUUCAGUAAAUGCAGAAACUGAUAUACCUUUAGUUCCUAGUAUCGCAUAUUGUAACCCCAAGCCUGCGUUUGUCUUGCAUUGGUUAAAUAAUAAAGAGAUGCACUUUAGUAUGCAAGCAGAAACACUCCUUGAAGAAUUAACGAGGAAAGUUGCAGAGUAUCCAGAGUCUGAGGAAGGUUCAGAGGAGCCUUCAUUAGAUACAAACAGUUCUGAUGGUUUGGAUGCCCGCAUUGAAUCUCUUCUAAGGGACUGGCAUCAUAGUCCCGAUUUAUUGUUCAGUAUUCAUCCAAUAGAUGGUAGUUUCUUGAUAUGGGUUGUUGAAUGGUUAGACGAGUAUCACCCUGGGUCUUUCAGGCAGGCUCAGGUUUCCUUUUCCACUCGUAUACCGAACGCUUUUCCUCUUGGGGACUCUUUAAGUAUGUCUACAACGGUCAGUCUUCAUAGUACAGCUACUCGCCUUAAACAUUUAGUGAAAGAGGUCAUCAAGGAAAAGCUGCAGAUUGCUGAAGGACUGCCCAGUGUAAAGGAAGAAGACGAAAAUAAAGAAAUUUACCAAACUGCUCCUCAACUUGAUGAGACCCAAGAGACAUCUCCAGUUAUCUGUUUGGUCACUAAACACGAUAAUGGAACUUUAAACUUGUGGCAGUUAACGUUUGCGGAUAAAAGCAAAUUUAGCCAGGUAUUGAGCAUUGGACACAGGAGCAGGGCUUCAGGACACCGAUACAGAGUUAAUGACGUCACCUGCCAUCCUGUUUUACCCUUGCUAUUAACUACAACUCACCAUAACAUAAUUGACAAGAACAAAGAUCCAAAUACUAAAGGUUUUUGCAGUGAAUUGAUCCUUUGGAAAGUAGAUGCUGUGGGUCCGUUGUCUAAAUCUGGUGGAAUUUGCGAAUUAGCUCGUAUUAAUUCCCCUGAGCCUUCGGCCUUUAGCGUGGUUGCUUGGAUACCUACCCUCUUACCUUCCAGUACCUUAGGGAAUUUGUCCAAUUCUUCUAGUGCUUGCUUUGUAGCCUCUGAUGGUCAUUAUUUGCGGGUUUACCAAGCAGUUAUAGAUGCUAGAACUCUACUUGCUGAUAUUUCUUGCAAAGAUAACAGGGACAAGAAAGCCAAUGGUGCUGAUUCUACCGAAAGUAUAACGUCUGAUAACGAAUCGACAUUCGAUGAAGAGAGUCUUUUGGACAAGAUAAACAUCGUUUCUCAGCAGAGUACUUCUCGUCCUGGUUGCAUUAUUCAAUUGGAAACGAUUGCGGAAGCGAUCAAAUGGCAAAAUACAACUUUUUUGCACGUUUAUCAGGAGCAACUGAUCACCGGUCAACGCAGUAAACCUGCUGAUAUGACGGGUGACGAUGCGAUGGUAGAUUUGCAACAAAAUUCUGUCUUUGAGCAACCAUUUUAUAUCGUUCUGUUGGACUGUACAGAUCAACAUACAAUUGUACAUAUGUGGAAGUUGACUAUUGCCUCUACGGAGGCUGAACUUGCCCUAACAGGGAGUCAAAUGUAUGUGCCCGAUUGUAACAUAAUUCAAGAUGAAAACGACGCAAGUCGUCGAAACAGUAUCGAAUCAUUCCAUUUUAAGCAAAAUAAGCAAAGUCCACAUGUUUCCAUAAAAACAGUUAAAGAGAUUAAACAGAUCCUUCCCAUACCAGACGGGGUGGAAGUGGUUCAUGCCACCCCUGCUGCAGGACAUUUAAGUUCUGCUUCUAUUUAUCCCGCCUGUUUGGCCCCGUAUUGUUUUGCUACAGCUUGUAGUGAUGGGGCCAUCAGGUUUUGGACAGUAGAUGAUAAUCCAGUAACUGUUAAGAAUUCAGCAAGUUUGUUACUUGAAGAGGACGGCGAAAUCAUCAACACAGGCAAAGUCUGGACCGAAUGGAACAUGGUGAAAGAGUCAGCUAUAGAGAUUGACGGCCAAGUGUUGAAUAUUAGCGUGGCUUAUUCAGGUAGAUUGGCUUGUGCUUAUAAGUACGGUCGUAGUUUUACUAGACCCAACAGAAACGACCAUGAUUCUCGAUACAUUAACUUAUGUGUUGCCAUUUAUGAGUGCGAGUCGACCGGAGGAACCGAGUGGAUCCUGGAAGAUGUUAUACACCUGAAAAAUAUACAUUUGCCCAGAAUAUCGAUUGAUAGACAUUUGGAUUUAAGCUAUUUGUACGACCAGAAGACGUUGAAAAAGAAACAGAGGAUAAACGAAGUAUUACACACUUUCUCAGGCAACGAGGGUACACAGAACCUAACCGAACCAAUAACCAGGUCGACACUGCUUGCGGUACCAAGCUUUAGUACUCUGCAGUCGUUGAGAAAAUCGAUUUCAGAAAUAGGAAACAUUUGUCCCUUAACACAAAAACAUAUCGUCCAGUUAGACUGGGUUUCCAAUGAAGAUGGUUCUCAUAUACUAACUGUGGCCUGCGGAAAUAAAAUCAUGCUUUACACACCACUGUCUUCUGAUUUAGCUCAAGCAAACGUUAAAGCUAUGAAGGAAUCGAUGAACGCUAACAGGCCCAUUCUUCGUAAAGCAAGUUCUUUAGCCCAGCCCAUGUUCGUGGACGACUUUAAGUGGAUGACAUUGCGUAAAAUAGAACUCCAAACGGCUGAUGGUUUACCUGCGUUACCAAUGCAAAUUAGUUGGGUGCGCGACGGUCUGUUAAUAGUCGGUAUGGACUCUGAAAUGCACGUUUACACCCAAUGGAGACCGCAGAAUCCUUCCCUGCAACAACGACCGUCCACUGCUAACGAAAUAAGCGCGAGAGAAAUCGAUAUAAGAACGUUGACGCAAGAGAACCAGAGAAAAUUGGCCGCAGUUCCCACUUUGGGUCGUAUUAGUUCUGUCAAUUUGCAAAUAUUGGACCGUAAAAAGAACAAAGAAGCGAAUCCAGACUAUAUGCCUGAUUAUGGAUUAUUUGAAGCAUCCAGAAUUGCUUGUCCCGUUUUACCCCAGUAUCAUCCUAAACAGUUGAUGGAACUUUUGAAUUCCGGUAAAAUUAGGUGGGUAAAGGCUAUUUUGUCCCAUUUGGUCCAAUGUAUUGGAGGCAACCAGGAUACUUCAGAAGAUAUGCAAGGAUGGGCUAGGGCAAGAACACUAUCAGUCAGUUAUCCCGCGGGAAGCCCUGAACAUAGAGCCAGUAUUAGUGAAGUAACUUUAGACUAUGCGGAAAUAACAAAUAUCCCACCACUACCCCUUUGGACACUAUUAGAUGCUGAUAAGGAACAACCAGUUCAAGCAGAAGAGAAAAAGGACUACGACGAGCUUUUCGACACGAACAUAACAAUGGAAGAAUCCCUUGAUAGUUUGUUAGAAGAAGACAUGCCAAGAUCUGAUAGAAGAUCAUCAGAGAAAAAUGUCGGCGUUGGCCAUUUUACUCCUCGACAAGGUCGAAUGUUGUCACGCAUGCUCACUCAUACCCAUCUUCCCGGUCUUUCAAGUUUGGAUCAGAUGCACUUAUUGGCGUUAGCAGACACGGUUUCUACUUGUAAUACAGACUUAGCAGAAAGGUUCGCGAUAGACGCUGCAAAGAAUGCAAUGGCAAAAGAAAACGUUGGUCAGUCUUCAGAAGUAAUAGCAGACUCUUUAGACGAUUGUGGAUUACGAUUUUUGCUCGCCAUGAAACAUUAUACUUACUUAUUGAGGUGUCUACCUCUUGCCCAGCGCACUCAAUUCCAGAAACAAGGGGUUGGUACGAAUAAUUUAGCUUGGGCCUUCCAUUCUGAAACACAGGAAGAACUUUUAAACCAGAUUCCCAGUUAUGCAAAGAAAGAACCAACUUGGCCUGUUUUAAGAGAGCUCGGUGUUGGUUGGUGGAUCAGAAACAUUACAGUUUUGAAAGAGUGUGUACAAAUGUUGGCCAAGGCAGCGUAUCAAGUUAAACAAGAUCCUAUGGACGCAGCCCUUUAUUAUUUGGCAAUGAACAAGAAAAGUUUACUGUGGGGAUUAUACAGAUCUAAACGUGACGAAAGAAUGACAUCCUUCUUUUCCAAUGAUUUUAAAGACGACAAAUGGAGGAAAUCGGCCCUGAAGAAUGCCUACGCCCUUCUGGGGAAACAAAGGUUUGAUCAUGCAGCAGCGUUCUUUUUACUUGCAGGACAUUUAAAGGACGCGGUUGAAGUUGUUCUUAACAAAUUGCAAGACAUACAACUGGCAAUAAUAAUAGUGCGCUUAUAUGAAGGUGAUGGAGAAUCUUUGCGAAGACUGCUAUAUGUUGAAAUAUUGGGUUGUAACUCAGAAGGUAAUAAUCAGGAUUUGACCAAGGCUCACCCCGAUCCAUUUUUACGAUCAAUGUCCCUGUGGAUCCUUAAGGAGUAUCAGGAUUCGUUAAAUACUUUGCUAAUUGGCAAUGCCGGCUCUCAGCAUCCUGCCAAGGACGAGGACUCCAAAGAUUCAAACCAAGCAGAUCCUAAUGUGUUCAACUUUUACACUUAUCUGCGCACCCACCCUUUGUUAAUCAGACACCAUAUGGCAAAUUAUGGACAGAGAAAGGUCUGGCUUCCAACUGGGAAACAGGUUGUUGUUGAGGACUCUAUUACUCCUGCAGAGCGACAAUUAUAUUUCACAACAGCUCAUGGUCAUUUUAGGGCUGGAUGCCCAGCUUUGGCCUUGGAAGUGUUAUCAAAAUUACCUAUGAUUGUCACUGAUCCGUUUAAAGUCACACCAGUUACUACACCACAGGAGAGGACGUCAGAGGUGCAGAUAAGUUCUGGAAUUUUAUCUUGGGACAGCAAACCUAAUUUGACCGAAGAUAAACCCGAUAAUUUGGACUGGGGUGCCCCCGUUAUCGAUUUUGCCACCAAGACUGACGAUUUGAAAUUGGAUUGGUCAGAUGAAGAAAAAGAGGAUUCCGAUGAUUCAGAAGGUGGUGGUUUAAGCAUGAAAAUUGGUAACAAAGAAGACAACGAAACAAAAGAGGAAGAAAAGGUUAAGGGCGAUAGCGAGCAAGAGGGCGAAGUAGAACAGAUUGACAUAAUGGCUCAGCAAUUGAAGUUCAUAGCUUGUCUAAAAAUUCUUAUGGAAGAACUGUCAACACUUGCAACAGGUUUUGAAGUUGAUGGUGGCCAGUUGCGAUACCAACUGUACAUUUGGCUGGAAAAGGAGGUGGAGGCUUUGAGAGAGCUUUGUAACUACACAUCGACAGAUCAAGUCGAUCCUCAAGAUUUGGAACAGACAAUGGAAGGAGACAUUAGUUCUCACAAUGUGGACUUGACUCGUACUCCCACUUUACAUGAAAUAUUAGUUCAGGAAAAAAUGGACUUUGAGGCCAAAGUUCAGAGAGCUGUACGGCGAAAGAGAUGGCUUAAAGCAAAUGAAACAUUACUGCGAACUUUGUUGAGUUAUUGCUCACUGCAUGGAGCAACAGGUGGUUUGGCAUCAGUGAGGAUGGAACUGAUGUUACUUCUUCAGGAAUUGCAGCAAGAAAAGACGCAACAGCAACUUCUGAGCCCUCUACCCUUCCCUACUAGUUUACCGUUGCUUGCCGCUAGUGUCUCUAGCAGUAGGACUGUCAUUGCUGAUCCUAUUCGAUAUCUUCAGAGUAUGACUCAUGAUAUUCUGCAUACGGUGGAUUAUUAUUCGUCCUUGUUCAAAUUUGAGAAUAAGACCGCCCGAAAAAAACUUUUCAAAGCGCCUAAGACUGAGAAAUGGAAACGUCUAUGGCUUAAGGCUGUGCGUCAAUUUAAUUGUCAUGGUUCAAAAUCAAUUUUCUUCUAUAGCGGUUCCAGUGAUAGCACUGUUGACUUUUCGCAACCCGCCACUUCUCAAAACCAACUUCUAGUGAUGAGAGAUUUAGCUAUAGCGCUGUCAGCAUGUAUUUAUCAAUCUCUUUGUGAUUCUGAUACAUUCAAAAUGAGUCUCCAAGACUCCCAGGAUGCUUCUGUAACGCAUCUGGUGGGUCGUCGAAGAAGAAUGUCAAUGAGUGAGGGUCAACAAAUAACAACUUUGCCCGCCAAAUGGCCUGGCGUUACGAGUUUGAGAUCUUUAUUAGCACGUGAGAAGGACGAAGACACGCCCCGUUUAACAGUUCUCCUCUGCGAAUCAUUUACUGCCGUCUACAUGGUCCUUCUUCUGUAUGGCAUCUGUACCAUGGACGCUGUUAUACUUUUCCAUGUUACCGGGCAUGUGUUUACAGUUGAAACUUGGGGAAAAUUAUUUGGUGGGGGUACAAAGAAGUUAUUGCGAACUGCCAGUGUACCCCAAAGUCAACCAAGUAUCCAGAGUACCCCUUCGGAGGAGGGCAGUGGUCCUGCUAUGUGGCUGAACAAGCAGAGGGUGAAAUUAAACUGUAAACUAUUAGGGCAUCAACCACUUACAAUGAAAGAGGAUAAAGCAACUUACAGAGAGCAAUUUGUACCUCCAGAAAUGAGCAUGUUGGCCUACUUGCUUACAAAGCCGGAUGCAGGACCGGACUGCGAUGAUGUUUCCAGCGACUCUGAAAGCGAGGAAGAAGACGUAUUUGACACUGAUGCGCCCGAACAAGAAAUAAACAACUUGGAACAUUCAGAUCCCAAUUCCUAUUCGUGGCUAGUACUUAAAUUGGCUACUCUAAGAAUAGUACAUCAUAAUCUUACCGAAUUUUUUUGUAUUGCCGGACUAGAGAGUUCGGAAUUACCUGUUGCCAGCCCCUUAAUACACAGCACAUUGCGAAGACUUACUUAUUGGCAAGAGUCCUUGAAAGCCGAGCUCGAUUCAAGACAACCCCCACCUGAAUACAUACCAGGGUGUUUCGCAGAACAUACUACGGGUCCUCUAAUACACAAAUACAGACAACUUUUGGAGCCCCAAAAUACUCCGUUCAUUAAUAAAAGCUGCGCUAGUGCAGUGCGCAGACUAUGGACUUUCCUAGUACACAAGGAGAUCGUUCAAGACAUUUUCAUUCGCGCUGUAUUUGGUAAAAGAAGAUCGAUAAUCAGUAUCGACGAGGUUGUACCUCAUCAAGAAGAAGUGGAAGACCCUGUUAGGAUAAUUCACAAAGAGCAGGACUCCAUAUCAGCUUUCAGUAUUAAUCAGGUACAUAAUGGAUCGAUAGUGGUCGGUACGCCAAGAGAACUCCAGGAAAUGGACAUUUCGUUACUUUUGGAACUUCCUGCGUGGCUGAAGGAUGAAUGUGAACUGGAUAUUUUGGGUUUGAAGCAGGAGUUGCCAGAUACUUCAACGGCUCCCCCCUUCUUGGUUAUACAGAGUGCCGGUGAUAAAACGAAGGAUCAGUUGCAACAACAACAACAACAGCAGCAGCAACAACAGACACCAUCGACGGGUAGCCCACAGCCCGGUUACGGGUGUCAAACAGGCCGAGGAGCCACCGUGGUAAUGAAACACAAAAUAGAUGGUGUAAGAAGGAUUUGUUCCCACCCUUUAAUGCCCUUAUACCUGACUGGAAGUGCUGAUGGCUCAGUCACAUUAUGGGAAUGGGGCCACGCACAACCCAUAGCUGUACCACGUCCACCCGGCACUUACGCCAAAGUUACAAGGGUCAGGUUUUCUCAACAUGGAAACAAAUUUGGGGUGGCAGAUGCCGAUGGAAAUUUAAGUCUUUGGCAAGUGGGACUUAGUGUUAAUGCAACCAGACCAUUCUUUACCUAUCAGUGCCAUAAUAAGGGCAUAACAGACUUCGUUUUUCUCGGUUCUUGCAGUCUUCUAGCUACAGUUGGUCACAGUUCAGAGAACAGGAACGUUUGCAUUUGGGACUCAGUUUUACCACAUAAUAAAGCUCUGGUACACGCCUUUACGUGCCACGAUCAAGGAGCAAACAGUUUGGUUUAUGCACCCCAACACCAGGUACUUGUGACCACUGGUAAACGUGGGGAUGUUUGCUUGAUUGAUGUCAGAAGUCGUACUAUUAGGCAUCGAUUCCAAGCUCAUGAAAAUGCCGUCAAAUGUGUUGCUAUUGAUCCACAUGAAGAGUACUUUGCCACUGGAUCUGCAGAUGGAGAAAUCAAGAUAUGGGGUGUGGCAAUCCCAACAUUAUUAUUGAAUUUGGCUGGUGAGCAUUCCCGUAGCAGUUUCUUUAAGAAUAUUGGACAGGGUGUUACUCAGCUUCACAUCGAUUCCCACGCCCGACUUUUUUCUUGUGGGGCUGACGGUAGCAUGAAAGUACGUCAAUUGCCUGACAGGGAAAAGUUGCUUAAUCACCGUUAAAUAUUGUAAUUAAUUAAUUUCUGCUACAAUUAUAAUCCACAGUGUAGUAUUGCCCAUUUAGUUUGCCCUACGAUUAAGCUACAAACCAAAGUGAAGUGAAAUUAAAUACUUUUUUUGGAUAUGUCAGGUAGAGAUUUUAAUUAUAUUAUUAUUAUUAUUAUAAGAAAGUAUUAAGUGAUUAUUGCAAUUAUGUUAUGUUGUUUAUUAUUGAUGAUGAUGCAGUUUUAAUGUAUUACUUUAAGCAUAUUGUAAAGCUUUAAGAUUUAAAUGCAAUUAUGU